UAUUUGAGCUACCUCGAUGUUGGUUAUUGUCACUCUCACUGGGCCAGUCGCAUUGCAAACACGACCUCCGACAUGCGUGUUUGUAUGUUGCUGUAUUUCGUGGUGGUAGCCGGCGCGGUUGGCGAGGGAUGUGGGCCGGGUGAAGUGUUCAAGCGUUGCGGGCCGGCGUGCGAGCGCUCCUGCGACAGACCAAACCCGACGUGCACGCAACAGUGCGUCGAAGGCUGCUUCUGCGUCGCUGAUAGACUACGAGACGACGACAGCGGACAAUGUGUUGAGGUCUCCGAGUGUCCUACUCGAUCUAAGAAAUGGAAAAGAAGUCUAUUCAAAGACCCGUUGUGCAAAGAGAACGAGGAGUUCAAACUGUGUGAGACGUGUUACAAGAGCUGCGACAACCCGCAGCCGUCCUGCUCCGACCACUGCGAGCGCGGCUGUUUCUGCAAAGAAGGGCUCGUGAGAAACAGGGAAGGACGAUGUGUCGCGCUCGAUCAAUGCUCCCAGAACAACGACAGUAAGUUAGGACUUACUUCGUAGCAGACAUGGCAGUGACGCGCGCAGGCAUGCGGUCCCCACAAGGUGUUCGUGAAAUGCCAGUUGUGCGAGAAGUCGUGCAGCAACCCACACCCGAACUGCGCGGGGCCUUGCCGCGCCGGCUGCUUCUGCGAGGAGGGCUAUCUCAAGCAUCCGAAUGGACAGUGCGUCAAACCUCACGAGUGUCCUAAAGAGGUGACGCUGAUUGGCGGGCAGGAGCCGUCAGUGGAGGACUGCGGGUCGGACGAGGAGUUUCUGUCGUGCGGCUGGUGCGAGCCGAGCUGCUCGGAGCCGGCCCCGCGUUGCCCGCCCGGCGUGUGCACGCGCGGCUGCCUGUGCCGCCCACCGCUACUGCGCCACUACAGCGGACAGUGCGUGCGCGAGACCGACUGCCUGCUGCGUAAUUGUCUAGAUCCGAGCGAGGAAUACGUGUGCCGGUACGGUUGCGAGCCGCGCUGCGACAACCGCACGUGUGUAGCGCGCGGGCGGCGCUGCGUGCUGGGCUGCCACUGCCGGCUCGGCCUGCGCCGGCACCGCGACGGCCGAUGUGUCAGCCCUGAGCAGUGCACGCCUCGCACUCCGCCCCGACGCCUCUCUCAUUCUCUCGCUCUUAAUAACAUCUUGAAGGACAAACUCAAGACAAACGAAAACAUUAUCAAGAUAUGA